AAUCAGUUCCUCACUUGGGAUCCCCAAAACUUCUGUGGAAUCUCUAAGAUCUCCAUCCCUGUGGACUCUGUAUGGAAGCCGGACCUCUUUGUCUCUGAAAUGACUGAAGAUCCUCAAUCCCCCACAGUUCCUUUCAUGUCCCUCUCCAGUGACGGCACCAUCAACCAAUGGAAACCAAUCAGGAUAGUGAGCACUUGCAGCUUGGAUAUCUACAAGUUUCCAUUUGACACCCAGAAGUGCAAUCUGACCUUUGGUCCCUAUGUGCAUACAGUUCAGGACAUAGUGGUGGUGCCCAAGUCCAACUCCUCUGCAGUUACACAAGCUUCCCAGGAGAAUUAUGCAAAAAGUGAAUGGCUCCUCGGGAAAGUGGAUGUUCUGAGCAAUAAUGUAUCCACUGAGGAGAAAGAAUGGAGUCAAGUCACAUAUCAGAUAACCAUACGGAGGGUACCAAUCCUCUAUGUCAUCAAUCUCAUAGUCCCUGCCGGUUUCCUGGUGCUUGUGGAUGUUGCCAGCAUGUUCAUACCGAUGGAAGGAGGCGAGCGGCUGGGGUUUAAAAUAACAGUUGUUCUGGGAUUCUCUGUGCUCUUGCUGAUAUUGAACGAUUUGCUUCCCAAUUCAGAAGUCACGCCAAUCUUGGGUGUUUUCUGUGCUGUGUGCCUGGUGAUCAUGAUAAUCAGCAUUGUCGAUUCCAUCUUUAUCUCCUACAUGCUGCAUCUCUCAGCAGUGCGACCGGAUGUGCCCCAGUGGCUGAAGAUCUGGGUACUGAAGCAUUUGGCUUUCAUACUUCGCAUUGACACAGGAGAAGUUAGUGAAAGCAACGUUGAGGGAGUCAGGAACACAAACAAAGCUACUUCUGUGGUGGAAAAAGAAGCAGACAUACAAACCAGGAGGUGCUUACAAAAAGAACAUGACAGUGCGGAAAUUAAACUGCUGAAGAAGGUGCUCCUGGAGCUCUUAAUGAUCCGUCGUCACAUGAUCAUGAGUAAGAGAGAAGAGGAGGCCAAAUCAGAGUGGAAUAUGGUGGCCUUUGUCCUUGACAGAUUCAUCCUGAUUUGCUACCUCCUAACAGUAUUCAUUAUUUUGAUAACAGUUGUGGUAGUUUGGGCUUUCUAAGCUGUUUAACAAGCCAUACUUGUAAUUUGGGAAAGGCGCUCCUUUUUCUGUGAUGUGUCUAUAAACCCAAAGUAGAUACGUAAAUGUGAGAUGAACUUGUAAACAGAAGGGUGAUAGCUCAUUAGCUCUGAUUACUGCCCGGAGCUACCUGUGGGUCUCACAGGUUUCCAUUCCGGUUUCUAGAGGGUCUUACUAUAACAGGCCACAACAACCUUCUCUUGUCUGCUGUGCACCUGGGAAAACACAGCUCCUGUUCCAGUCUAUCUUCAGUUACUACCCAACACAAAUAAGUAACCUGGCAGAGGAUAUCCCAACACUGGCACAGUGAUCAAAGCCAACUUCAGCUCUUGGAAUGCCUAGCUCAGCCUGGCCCUCCAUAUGAAUGGUGACCUCUUCUCUGUUAGUCUAUGCAAUGGGGCAGCUAUCCCAGCAAAGCUCCAGGAAACCUCUGGUAGUAAGGGACAACACCAGGAACCCUUGAAGCUGACGGAUAUGCUGGAGUUCUGGCCACUCCAGGCACUUUUUCCUGGGUCAGUGGAGGUCCAUUCCUCACUAACAACGUGUCCCAGAAAGCGUUUCCCUUUAGCACAGCUUGCACAUUGCAGGGUGGAGCUUUAGGUUUGCUCCUGGAAACCGCUCUAAUACAUUACUUGCCCAUUCCAGUGCUGUACAAGAGUUCCUGUUCAGAUCAGCAUGUCAUCCAAGUACACGGACACCUGAAUAGUGGGUUGCCCAGGGCCUGCUCCAUUAACGGCUCAAAUGUAGCUGGUGCAUUAUGUCAUCCAAACAGCAUGACACAACUCCCACAAGCCCUGUCCCUUGGUAAAGGUGGUCUUCACAUGGGGUGACUUUCCCCCCUCACCUUGCCAUCAUCCACUCUGUUGGUCCAGUGAAGAGAACCAUUUGGAUUCUGCUCAUGUCUCCAGCAUAUCGUCAAUGUGGGUCAUUGGAUCUGAGUCCUUGUGGGUCACCUCAUUCAAAUGUGGGUAAUCGACACAGAUCUGUGUUGUGCGGUCUUUCUUGCCCACCAGUGCCAUGGGGGAUAGAUAGUCAAGGACUUCUGGAUGGUUCAGUAAUUCCUGCAGUCGCCAUCUCAUGAAUCUUCCAUUCAGUUUCCUCUCAGUGGACCAUAGGCAAGUGAUGUGGGCCUUCCUUAAUAGGUCAGGUAUUACCUGUGUUGAUCUCAUGCUUAACUAGGCUGGUUUGACCCAAAUCAUCUGCCCCCUUGGGGAAUACCCCCUAUAAUUUCACACCAACUACCAUAAAAUCACCCUCUGACUUUGUGUCAGUCGGGCUCCUGCACACUGAUGCAUCUCCUCUAACACACCUGUCAGAACCCCCAGGGCCUCUGUUCCUGGAUGGCACCUAUCCUCCUUCCUAACUGUAUUAAACUCACAUGAAAUAGCUGACCCUCAGUUCCAACAGUCAGAUACCCAACUAGACCUGCAAAGAGACUGUUAAAGUUUCAGACAGUCCAAACCCAGACUCCGAACUGCAGCUACCCACCUUUCCUGGGCCACCUUCAUCUCUCCAAUUCUAGUUUUCUGCAAGACCUGACCAAGUACUGGGGCCACCUCCCCCAUUUCGUUCUUUCACUGCCAACUGGAUGGGCCCAAUCUCUUUCUUCAGGAAGUAUCCCCAUUUGUCCAAAACUGCAGGCUAAACGAUACUCACAGAUGACCCUGUAUCAAUUAACCCCUUACAGUAAACACCAGUAUACCCUGCUUCUAUUGGCCUGCAUAGGGGGUCAUUUCAUCACCAUCCCAUCCUCACAUCAAUGGAGCAACACAGGAUCCCAAAUAAAUGAGGUGAGAUCAUAUUAUCAAAAAUCCAAUAAGCAUUUUAAUGCAGGCAGUGCCCCCUCGAGACACUUGGAAGCUCCACCCCAAAAGAAUGCUUUGUUACCCUUUGCAUUCCCCAGCCGCUCUCAAACCACACCCAUCUAUUUGCCCAAACAGUGGGGGAGGUGAAGCCCUGUAUAAUACCUUUUGAGUUUUAUGUUUCAUUGACAUCUCUGCUCCAAUUUCCAUAAAACCAAUGACAGCUUUAAAAAGAGAGGACGUGUGAUUCCAUGAACAGAGAGAGGAGGGGCCUGGAGCUAGGUCCCACGGGUUCUAUUCCCUAUGGUCUUUGUCUGAAUUGUUGUAUGUUGUUGGGCAAAGCACCUAGGAUAAAAUUUUCAAGUGUGGCUAAGUGACUUUAGAGCUUAAGGGUUUCAGACCAUUCAAAAUGUAUCUGUCUUUGCCUCCAAAUCCCUAUCUGUAGUAAAGGCAUUAAUGAUACUUAUCUAAUUAAAGGUUUUUAACAUGGAUUAUGAUCAUUGGAAGCCAUGUAAAUUGUAAAUGCAAAGUAGUGUUGUGGCUGUGAAGGGGAACACUCACUGCUAGUGCCACCCACGGGUCAGGUUGGGGGUGGCAGGUUGUCUUCCUCUGGAGCGUUCCCCUUUCUUAUUACAAUUCCACCUUACCAUGGUCUGUCCUUUCAGUGACUCAGCCCUCCGGCCAGAUCACACUUUCAAGUUCACCCUUUUCGAGGUACAUAU